UUGUGGAAAUCACGGUUUUUUGGUAAGACGAGUGCUCAACAGUUGGUUCACACAUUAGUUUACUUAUUUGCUAAAUUACUUCGUCUACGUCACUGUAGUCAGUUGCAUCAGUUACGUUUUGGAUUAAAUAGUCAAUUAAAAUUAAUUUAUUUCAAUGAUAAUAACGAUGACGAAAUCAAUAAUAAACAAAUUAAACUGGAUAACUCAGAUUUAACUCUGAAGGACGACCCAGUAAAGUUAUCUAACAUGUGUAUCAAUGAUAAAAGCGGAACUUUCGGCCUAAUAUAUAGACCAGAUUCAAGCUGUUCUUUACUCUCAAAAUCGAUCACUUCACCGUGUCCAUCGUCGUUAUCAUCAUCACCAAGGAACAUUUUUUCAUAUUUCGAUUAUUUAGAUAAGAAUUCACCACAAGAUUAUACAGUGAAGGAAAACAUUAAGUUACUGGAAAAAAUAAAUCGUUAUAGUAGUAUUUCAUUACCUCGAUCAGAAAGAGAACUACUGGCUUCUAGUUCGGGAACCAACUUUGUAUUUGAUCAUAAUUCACUAAAUAAUCAUGAACGUUGUAUUGUUUGUUAUCAUGAAUUUUAUGUGUCUAAAAGACUGAGGUAAGUGAUCAAUGAUGUAUGUGUAGGUUGAUUGUUGAUCCUCUUGUUACAUUUUGCUGCUUGUCUUACUUUUUUUCUGCUUGUCUUACUUUUUUUCAUAAUCG